UGUCUUUUGCUUAUAAAAAUCCACAAAAUACAUGUAUUCUCGAAUCUCCUUCAGGCCCCUCAAUCCCCUAAACCCAAAACUCUUUUAUCCCAUUCUCUAAUCCUAGUCCUUCUCCAUCAUCUUUGUAAUCAUUAUCAUUCACUACCUCAACCACUAACACCAACAGCACAACAAACUUGUGAGGGAAAAAGAUAACUACAGCUAUAUCUCUUUCUUUUCUUUUUUUUCCUUUUUUUUUUUUUUUUUUUGAUUUUUGGGGAACUGGGUCUUUGUUGUUAUUGGUUUUUAAUGAGGCUUUAGAUUGUUUGCUCUGGAAUCUUGUUUGGUUUUAGAUUAGAUAUGGAGUUGUUUUUAUAUUUUUUGUUAGUGGAGAAAUGAAAGUGGAAAGCAAUAAUUAUGCGAACAAUUUGUGAUGCUUGUGAAAGUGCAGCCGCAAUCGUGUUUUGCGCUGCCGAUGAGGCUGCUCUUUGCCGUUCUUGUGAUGAGAAGGUCCAUAUGUGCAACAAACUUGCUAGCCGACAUGUACGGGUUGGUCUUGCAAAUCCCAGCGAAGUUCCUCGAUGUGAUAUUUGUGAAAAUGCACCAGCUUUCUUUUAUUGCGAGAUAGACGGAAGUUCCCUUUGUUUGCAAUGUGAUAUGAUUGUUCAUGUUGGGGGUAAAAGAACACAUGGAAGAUAUCUCGUUCUGAGGCAGAGAGUUGAGUUUCCAGGUGAUAAACCUGGUAAUCUUGAGGACCCAGCCGCGCAACUAAUGGAUCGAGGUGAGUCAAGAAGAGGACAAACUCAGCAACCUAGAAUGACAUCAGGAGAGAAGCAGCAAAAUCACAAGGUUUCUCCUGUUCCAAUAUCAGAAACUGAUGCUGAUGGGCAUGCCAAGAGGGAUAAUAAAAUGAUUGAUUUGAAUAUUCAGCCUUAUAGGAUGCAUGGCCAAGCUUCAAAUAAUCAGAAUGAUUUUAUUCGGUACGAUUAACGGGUCAAGAGGUCGAAUCAUUCACCCAGCAAAGCCUUGACUGGAUCAGAGCCGAACCACCCGAUGGUCCAAGCGUCCAAAAGCCGCUGACAGAGAGCUCUAAGCAUUGAUAAAACCUGCUCAUCUAUGGCUGCCCUGUAGCAUUUCCUUCAUUAUUUACCACUACCAUCGCCACCACAACGAUAUUUGAUGUCUCCGAGAUUCAGUUGGAUUUGAUCUUGAGCCAGCACCCUUAUGCAGCAAAUGCCCAAAUCGAAUACCCAUUCAUGAAUAGAGUCCCUAGCAGCCCAGUUUCGGCUGAAGAUACAAGAUUCGUAUUGGUAGGUGUUGCGGAGGAUGGAUCGGGAUUCAGAAUUUUGAGUUUAAGCUCAUUCUCAGGCGAUACACUUUUUAGAGUCAUUGUCCAAGUUUCGUACGAUUGAUGAAUUGAAAAAUGUGUACUUAGAGAUGAUAAACGAUAUGACUUCUCCGAAUAUUUAUACAUUUAAUAAAACGGUGAAUGCCUAUUGAUGUGGUCGAGGCAGAGUUGUAUAUCA